GGGCUGAGGCUGGGCAAACGCCGCGAAACUAUCGCUCUUCGCCGCCUCGCUUCCGCGCCUGCCCAUCCUGGGAAACGGAACCAGCAUCGCGGUAGGGACAUCCUCGCUAGGCCUGGCCGGACCAUUCCUGAGGGUGGGCCCUUUCCGAAGCCGGGACCGCUCCUGCUUGUCGGCAUCGCUCCCCGCAGGCCGACGUCGAGAGGGCCUGCUUUACUCCUCCUCUUUCUCCUCCUCCCGCGGCUUCUGCGCGGAGAGGCGUCGCCCAGGAUCUGGGUUUUGGAAGAAGGAUCUUUGUGGGAAGACAAGGCGAAUUUAUCAUAGAGGGAGUAACGAGGGAGAGGAGAAAGGUUUCCUAAAGACAAAAAAAAAAAAAAUGGAGGAAUCCGUAAACCAAAUGCAGCCAUUGAAUGAGAAGCAGAUAGCCAAUUCUCAGGAUGGAUAUGUAUGGCAAGUCACUGACAUGAAUCGACUACACCGGUUCUUAUGUUUCGGUUCUGAAGGUGGGACUUAUUAUAUCAAAGAACAGAAGUUGGGCCUUGAAAAUGCUGAAGCUUUAAUUAGAUUGAUUGAAGAUGGCAGAGGAUGUGAAGUGAUACAAGAAAUAAAGUUAUUUAGUCAAGAAGGCAGAACCACAAAGCAAGAGCCUAUGCUCUUUGCACUUGCCAUUUGUUCCCAGUGCUCCGACAUAAGCACAAAACAAGCAGCAUUUAAAGCUGUUUCUGAAGUUUGCCGCAUUCCUACCCAUCUCUUUACUUUUAUCCAGUUUAAGAAAGAUCUGAAGGAAAGCAUGAAAUGUGGCAUGUGGGGUCGUGCCCUCCGGAAGGCUAUAGCGGACUGGUACAACGAGAAAGGUGGCAUGGCCCUUGCUCUGGCAGUUACAAAAUAUAAACAGAGAAAUGGCUGGUCUCACAAAGAUCUAUUAAGAUUGUCACAUCUUAAACCUUCCAGUGAAGGACUUGCAAUUGUGACCAAAUAUAUUACAAAGGGCUGGAAAGAAGUUCAUGAAUUGUAUAAAGAAAAAGCACUCUCUGUGGAGACUGAAAAAUUAUUAAAGUAUCUGGAGGCUGUAGAGAAAGUGAAGCGCACAAGAGAUGAGCUAGAAGUCAUUCAUCUAAUAGAAGAACAUAGAUUAGUUAGAGAACAUCUUUUAACAAAUCACUUAAAGUCGAAAGAGGUAUGGAAGGCUUUGUUACAAGAAAUGCCUCUUACUGCAUUACUAAGGAAUCUAGGAAAGAUGACUGCUAAUUCAGUGCUUGAACCAGGAAAUUCAGAAGUAUCUUUAGUAUGUGAAAAACUGUGUAAUGAAAAACUAUUAAAAAAGGCUCGUAUACAUCCAUUUCAUAUUUUGAUCGCAUUAGAAACUUACAAGACAGGUCAUGGGCUAAGAGGAAAACUGAAGUGGCGCCCUGAUGAAGAAAUUUUGAAAGCAUUGGAUGCUGCUUUUUAUAAAACAUUUAAGACAGUUGAACCAACUGGAAAACGUUUCUUACUAGCUGUUGAUGUCAGUGCUUCUAUGAACCAAAGAGUUCUGGGUAGUAUACUCAACGCUAGUACUGUUGCUGCAGCAAUGUGCAUGGUUGUCACAAGAACAGAAAAACAUUCUUAUGUAGUUGCUUUUUCCGAUGAAAUGGUACCAUGUCCAGUGACUACAGAUAUGACCUUACAACAGGUUUUAAUGGCUAUGAGUCAGAUCCCAGCAGGUGGAACUGAUUGCUCUCUUCCAAUGAUCUGGGCUCAGAAGACAAACACACCUGCUGAUGUCUUCAUUGUAUUCACUGAUAAUGAGACCUUUGCUGGAGGUGUCCAUCCUGCUAUUGCUCUGAGGGAGUAUCGAAAGAAAAUGGAUAUUCCAGCUAAACUGAUUGUUUGUGGAAUGACAUCAAAUGGUUUUACCAUUGCAGACCCAGAUGAUAGAGGCAUGUUGGAUAUGUGUGGCUUUGAUACUGGAGCUCUGGAUGUAAUUCGAAAUUUCACAUUAGAUAUGAUUUAACCGUAAGCAGCAGCACGAUCCAGAGAUCCAUUGCCAUCAGUGAUCUCACUAAAAAUAUACAGCUACUUCCCAGCUAAUCCCCACCCAAUGAAUGAUGAUGGUAUAGUAUGUGCAUAAUGGAAAGUUACCUUACUGAAAAAAAAAAAAAAAAAAAAAAAGAAGGAAAAAUAAGAUGGGCCCAAAGGUCUGUCUACUAAACUAGCUCUUGGGGAAAUAGCUUCAGGAUACUGUAGUUUCCUCUAUCUGAUAGAGAACUUUUUGUUAAUAGACACUGUAAAAUAGUUUUGCUUUGUUGAAUAAUACAUGUGUACUUAAAAGAGGUAAGAGCAAAGAGUGUAAUUCCACAUCAUGUCACUUGAGAAGUGCUUAACGUUUUCUUAAACGUUUCCAUUGGGAAAGGACAGCUUUGAUAAUGUCCAAAUACUCUGAAAUGCACUAGACCAUGUAACUGUGAUGGAAUAUGAAACUCAUCUGUAAACUUUUAUACCAAGGGGGUAAAAAAAAAAAAAAAAAGACAUUUGAUUAAAUUAUGAAUGAGUUUUACAAAUUCCUGUCAGAGUUUUACUAAGAUCACACAACAGCUUUCUUAUUCAGUGAAAAAAAUAUUUUAUUUCUGAUGUUUUAUUUGGACUUGUAGAACGUGUUACCAUUAAUCAGAAACAUCAUGGCAACCCUUAAGAAUAGUUUGUGUUGGCUGAGGAAUUCUGUUUGGUUUGCUUUUUUUUGCUUUGUUAUAUUUUAUUGCCACAAGGGGUGUGACUUGAUAAUGAUUUCCUCUGAAUUAUAACAACAUAGCCAGAUGUAGUCUCACACUUUUUUUCG